AAAAUGGCUAAUAGAAAGCUAAUGGUGGAGGUCUGUAAUGCGAAGAACUUGAUGCCAAAAGAUGGUCAAGGGACAGCGAGUGCUUACGUGAUCGUUGAUUUUGAUGGCCAACGGAGGCGGACGAAGACGAUUUCCAGAGAUCUGAACCCUCAGUGGGAUGAAAAGAUUGAGUUUCUUGUUCAUGAUGUUGCGUCGAUGGCGACGGACAUUCUUGAGCUGAAUGUUUAUAAUGAUAAUAAGAAGACCGGUAAGAGGAGUACUUUCCUCGGAAAAGUGAAAGUCGCAGGAAGUACGUUUCCAAAGUGUGGAUCGGAGGCGUUGGUUUAUUAUCCUUUGGAGAAGAGGAGCGUUUUCUCGCAGAUUAAAGGUGAAAUCGGGAUUAAGAUUUGUUAUGAAGAUGAAGAACCUCCGCCGGCUCCGGCGGCGGAAGAGCCCAAGGUUGAGGCGGCUGAAACACCGCCUGCAGCGACGGAGGAAAAGCCACCGGAGGACAAGAAACCGGAUGAGGAGACGAAAGGUGAAGAGAAACCAGCGGAGGGAGGAGAGAAGAAAGAGGAGAAGCCACCGGAGGAUCAGAAAAAAGAGGACACUGCAGCGGCGGCUCCUGCUACUCCAUCGGCGGAUGCAGCGGCGGCGGCAGUAGCACCGCCACCUCCUCCUGUGGAGAUUAUUGCGGUGGCUCAGUCGCCUAAGCCGAAACAGAGUGAAGAGAACCUUCAGCUGGCCAGAAAACCGUCAAAUCUGGAUUCCGAUGUGGCUUCUCUUUCCAAACAUCACCGUGGAAACACCACCUUCGAUCUCGUCGAUCGGAUGCCGUUUCUCUACGUUAGGGUUUUGAAGGCCAAACGAGAGACCAAAGAUUCCGACGAUUCAACGGCGUACUACGCAAAGCUGGUGAUCGGAACUUACAGUAUCAACACCAAAGCACAAGGUACAACCAAAGAUUGGGAUCAAGUUUUUGCAUUUGACAAAGAAGGUUUGAAUUCGACCUCUCUAGAAGUUUCUGUUUUCGAUCGGAAAAAGAAGGUUCUAGAAGACGGGAAAGAAGAAGUUUCCGAGAGUUGUUUGGGAACGGUGACGUUUGAUUUGCCGGAAGUACCAAAAAGAGUGCCGCCGGACAGUCCGUUGGCUCCACAAUGGUACACUCUCGAAGGCUCACCGGAGAAUACUCCGGCGACUGACGUUAUGCUUGCCGUUUGGUUAGGGACACAGGCCGACGAGGCAUUUCAGGAGGCAUGGCAGUCGGAUUCCGGCGGGUUGAUUCCGGAGACCCGAGCCAAGGUCUAUCUCUCUCCGAAGCUAUGGUAUUUGAGACUAACGGUCAUCCAGACCCAAGACUUGCAGCUAGGUUUGGGAGCCGAGCCUAGAGUCAAAAACCCUGAGCUGUUUGUUAAAGCUCAGCUUGGGCCACAGCUGUUUAAGACGAACCGUACAAUGGUCGGCUCAUCCAGCACUUCUUCCAAUCCUACGUGGAAUGAAGACCUGGUUUUCGUCGCAGCAGAGCCGUUUGAGCCGUUUUUAGUGAUCACUGUCGAAGAUGCAUCCAAUGGUCAAACUGUUGGGCAUGCUAGGGUGCACGUAGGUAGCAUAGACAAGCGUACAGACGAUCGGUCAACGCUUGGGUCAAGAUGGUUCAAUUUGGUUGGGGAUGAGAAUCGACCGUACGCAGGUAGAAUUCAUGUUGGAGUUUGUUUGGAAGGAGGGUAUCACGUGCUUGACGAGGCAGCUCACGUGACCAGUGACGUCCGGCCAACCGCGAAGCAACUGUCUAAACCGCCAAUCGGGUUGCUCGAAGUCGGUAUUCGUGGGGCCACCAAUUUGCUUCCGGUGAAAACAAAGGACGGUACACGUGGCACAACGGAUUCCUACGUGGUCGCCAAGUACGGCCCGAAAUGGGUCCGCACCCGCACAAUCCUCGAUCGAUUUAAUCCGAGGUGGAACGAGCAGUACACGUGGGACGUAUACGAUCCGUGCACCGUGCUCACGAUUGGUGUGUUCGAUAAUGGGAGGUACAGGGCAGGCGAGGGCGAUAACAAGCCGAGUAAAGACGUUCGGCUGGGGAAGCUUCGUGUGCGACUCUCAACGCUAGACACGAAUCGGGUUUACGUGGGUUCGUAUUCGCUAAUCGUGUUGCUCCCUGGUGGGGCCAAGAAAAUGGGUGAGAUCGAGAUUGCAGUUAGGUUCUCGUGUUCUUCGUGGAUCAGUUUGAUCCAAGCUUACUCGACUCCUAUGCUCCCACGGAUGCACUACGUGCGUCCGUUGGGACCCAUGCAACAGGAUAUGUUGCGGCACAACGCUAUGAAGAUUGUUACGGCAAGGCUGGCUCGAUCAGAACCAGCCUUGGGUCAAGAAGUGGUCCAGUUCAUGCUGGACUCUGACACACACACCUGGAGCAUGAGGAGAAGCAAGUCGAAUUGGUUCCGAAUAGUUGGGUGUUUGUCAAAAGCCGCCACUUUGGCAAGGUGGCUUGACUCGAUUCGCACCUGGGUUCACCCACCAACAACGGUCCUGGUCCAUGUGCUCCUUCUAGCUAUCGUCUUAUGCCCACAUCUAAUCCUGCCCACAAUAUGCUUGUAUGCCUUCUUGAUCGUAGCACUACGAUACCGAUACCGGAUGCGAAUCCCCGUCACAAUGGAUCCACGGCUCUCCCAAGUCGAUUCUGUGGGCCCCGACGAGCUCGACGAGGAGUUUGAUGGGUUUCCAAGUUCAAGAUCACCAGACCAUAUUCGUGUCCGGUAUGACCGGUUACGGGCUCUAGCAGGUCGGGCCCAGACGCUGCUCGGCGAUGUGGCGGCACAGGGAGAGCGGUUAGAAGCGUUGUGCAAUUGGAGAGACCCGAGAGCCACUGGAAUAUUUGUGGUGGUUUGUCUAUUGGCGUCACUGGUGUUCUACGUUGUGCCGUUUAAGGCGUUUCUGUUGGGGUGGGGAUUCUUUUAUAUGCGACACCCGCGGUUCCGGGGAGAUAUGCCGUCACUGCCGAUCAACUUUUUCCGGCGACUUCCACCUCUCUCAGAUCAGAUCCUAUAA